GCAUUCUUCUUAUUACUCGACGUGUAUAAAUAUAUCGUAAGAUGAUGAUCACACAGCUCGCAGGGAGAAGGGAGCCAGAACUAAUCGUCUCAGCACUUCUUGUUUCGAGUUCUUAAAAGAGAAACAAAGGCACAAGAACGGGGCCGAGAGAGAAAGAUGGAAUGGAGGAAAUGUUAUAUGGACGUGAUUUUGGUGCCUCUGGCAAUUCUACUGAACUUUGGUUACCAUAUGUGGCUCUGGCACAGAGUUAGGACUCAGCCUCACACUACCAUCAUCGGCAUCAAUGCCAGUGGCCGCCGAAACUGGGUUGCUCACAUGAUCAAGGACAACGAGAAGAAGAACAUCCUAGCAGUUCAGUCAUUGAGAAACACAAUCAUGGGUUCGACCCUAAUGGCCACAACUUGCAUCCUACUCUGUUCAGGCCUGGCAGCAGUUAUAAGCAGUACUUACAGUGUGAAGAAGCCACUCAACGACACAGUGUACGGAGCUCAUGGGGAGUUCAUGGUGGUUCUUAAGUACGUCACCCUCCUCACCAUCUUCAUCUUCUCCUUCUUCUGCCACUCUCUGUCCAUAAGGUUCAUAAACCAAGUGAACAUCCUCAUCAACACGCCUCAAGAUCCAAUGUCCUUGGUCACACCAGAGUACCUCCACGAGCUCUUAGAGAAAGGCUUCAUUCUGAACACUGUGGGAAACAGGCUCUUCUACGCAGCAAUUCCUCUUCUGCUUUGGAUCUUUGGGCCUGUCUUGGUCUUCUUGUGCUCUCUCACCUUGGUUCCUGUACUUUACAAUCUCGACCUUACAUUUUCAUGUGGGAAGAAAGGGAAUAAAGAAGUCGUUGAGAAUCCUGAUUAUGUAUGAAGUUUGGUCAUAACUUUUUCAUUGUUUACGAUAAUUAAUUAACUAGAAAAAUAUAUGCUUGGUCGUCUGUGUUAAGCUGUCGCCAGCGUUUUGAGCUUGGUUCUACAGUAUCAAUAUCAUUCAGAUUGUCCAUUUAAAGAUCUACACCUGGUGUAAGAUUUCUCCUUCC